CGGCACACGAAGCGUUCUUUCUUCCCUUGAACGUGAGCACUUCUCUUCGCGGACAGAAUAAUAAACACGGUCAACAACGGUCACCCUUGUUCACUCAUUUUGGUAUUAACAGAGUCGGAGAGCGGCUCAUAUCAGUUCAUACCGCAAAGUUCCGCAGACAGCAUUCCAAUUCGGAGAAGACUACGAGUCUAAUAUGUCGAUCGGAGUACCAAUAAAAGUCCUUCAUGAGGCUGAGGGUCACAUUGUCACGUUAGAGACCACGACGGGUGAAGUAUUUCGUGGGAAGUUGCUGGAAGCGGAGGAUAAUAUGAACUGUCAAAUGUCCAAUGUUAACGUGACAUAUAGAGAUGGCAGGAAUUCUAAUUUGGAACUAGUGUUCAUCAGGGGAUCCAAAAUUCGUUUUCUGAUACUACCCGAUAUGUUAAAAAAUGCACCAAUGUUCAAACGGGUAGGGCAGAAGGGCGCCGGUGCCGGCGCCAGUACCAGGGGAAAGGUUCCCAUGAUGCGGGGUCAAGCAACUCGAGGGCGAGGCGGAGGAGGGGGUAGAGGUGGUAGUGGUCCUGGUGCGCCUAGAGGGGGAGGAGGAGGAAGAGGUCAGUGGCCUCAAGGUGGAACUCGUGGUGGAAAAUGAAUUAUCAUUUUAGAUGAAAUUCUUAAUCAUCUUGUUACUACUUUGUCCCAUUACUAAACUAAAUAUAAUUUUGUUAAUUAUAUGUAGAGGUGUUGUUACUUGUAAUUUACCUGACCAAAAUUGUGGCUCAGAUUUACUUCUAAUUAUUUCUUAGAAGUAUUAAGGAAAAAGAGAAUUUUGUAUCCCUUGGUGAUUCAGAACCAUUUUUCUCUAUAAACUUUUCUAAUACUAAUGUUAUAAUCGUUUUACAACAACUUAAUUAUUCAUUUAUUGUAAUAAAACCAUUCGACGCUUGAAU